AUGGAUGCCAUCAAGAAGAAAAUGCAAGCUAUGAAGCUUGAAAAGGAUAAUGCCAUGGAUAGGGCACAAAUGUGCGAACAACAAGCCAAAGAUGCCAACUUGAGAGCCGAAAAGGCAGAAGAAGAAGCAAGAUCACUUCAAAAGAAAAUUCAAACGAUUGAAAACGAAUUGGAUCAAACUCAAGAACAAUUGAUGCAAGUCAAUGCUAAGCUCGAAGAAAAAGACAAAGCUUUGCAAAACGCUGAGAGUGAAGUUGCCGCCCUCAAUCGUCGUAUUCAAUUGUUGGAAGAAGAUCUUGAAAGAUCCGAAGAACGUCUUGCAACGGCCACUGCUAAGCUCGCUGAAGCUUCCCAGGCUGCCGAUGAAUCUGAAAGGCAAAGGAAAAUAUUGGAAAAUAGGAGUUUGCAAGAUGAAGAGCGAAUGGACGCAUUGGAAAAUCAAUUAAAAGAAGCCAGGUUUUUGGCCGAAGAUUCGGACAAAAAAUACGAUGAGGUCGCUCGUAAAUUAGCCAUGGUCGAAGCAGAUUUGGAAAGAGCCGAAGAAAGAGCCGAAAGUGGCGAAUCGAAAAUCGUCGAACUUGAAGAAGAACUUCGCGUUGUCGGCAACAAUUUGAAAUCUCUCGAAGUGUCUGAAGAAAAGGCCAAUCAACGUGAAGAAGAAUACAAGCAACAAAUCAAGACCUUAACAACUCGUUUGAAGGAGGCUGAAGCGAGAGCCGAAUUCGCUGAAAGAUCGGUACAGAAAUUACAGAAGGAAGUCGAUAGGCUGGAAGAUGAUCUUGUUCAAGAGAAAGAGAGAAACAAACUUCUCCAGGAGGAAAUGGAAGCCACACUCCACGACAUUCAAAAUAUGUAG